UCUUAAAAUUAAUCUGUGUUUCUGACAGGCUAAAACACACACACACAGAGAAACCUGGAGUUUUUCUUGUUUUAUUAGCGAGUAACAGCUUUCAAAAUGGCGCGUGGUUGUUUGGAGUGCGCGAGCUGUUCCUUGUUUACAGUUUCUAACAGUUUUACGCGCGCUUAGUGAAACCGAGCUGCUGUAAAGUUCCAUUCAGAUUCAGAGUUUUCUCCGAAUAUACUUCGAGUAUAAAUAACUGAUAUCCGUUCAAUAAUCGGUUUGGUCUUGUAGAGGUAUAGUGUUGGUGAUACUAAUACUGGUACUUAUAAAAGUCAUCAAACGUCAUCAAUGCCUCACAUGAAGCCUCGUGCUUCUUUCGGUUUCAGCACAGCAUUACCCACCCAGUGCAGUAGUGUAUCCGGAAUUAUUAAGCAAUAUAUGUUGCAUGCUUGUUAGGUACAAAGAUAUACACAACCGCCUCUGAAAGUAUUGGAACAACAAGGUCAAGUCUAUUGAUUUCGCCAUACAUCGAAGAGAUUUGGGUUUGAGAUCAAAAGAUGAAUAUGAGACGAUAGAUCAGGAUUCAGAUCAGCCAAAGUGUGGAGAAAGAAAGGAUCUGCUCAUGAUCUAAAACAUACAAGCUCAUCAGUCAUGCAUGAUGUUGGUAGUGUUAUGGCAUGGGCGUGCAUGGCUGCUUCUGGAACAGGUUCACUGAUCUUUAUUGAUGAUGGAACUCAUGAUGGUAGCAGCGGAAUGAAUUCAGAAGUUUACAGAAACAAUUGGUCUUCCGGUUUACAGAGAAAUGCAUCCGAUAUAUUGGGGAGGACCUUCAUCGUGGAGCGAGACCCAAAACACUGCCAACACAACAAAGGACUUCUUCAGGGGGAAAAAGUGGAAGGUUUUAGACUGUCCAAGUCAAUCACCAGACCUUCACCCAGUUGAACAACAUUUCACUUCCUGAAGAGGAGACUGAAGGUCUACAUUUAUUCUUGAGCAUAGCUUCAAGAAAACAUCACAACCCUUUGAAAAUGAGUUCAUCUGAUGAUGAUGAUGAUAAAGAUGAGAGAUGUCAGAAAGAAAGAUCUGGCUCACCUGAGCCCAGCGUUGUGUCUAUGAAGAGUGACCAGUCAAUGGGUAUGCCAUUAAACCUUCAAAAGGAGGAGAAAGAAAGUCUGAUUAAAGGAAAGAGUGUUGGAUCUAGGAAGAGAAAGUCAGUGGAUCCUCCAUUUGAACAGGCAGAGACGUCUAAAAAGAAAAAAUGUCAGAAAGAAAGAUCUGACUCACCUGAGCCCAGCGUUGUGUCUAUGAAGAGUGACCAGUCAAUGGGUAUGCCAUUAAACCUUCAAAAGGAGGAUAAAGAAAGAUGUCAGAAAGAAAGAUCUGACUCACCUGAGCCCAGCGUUUUGUGUAUGAAGAGUGACCAGUCAAUGGGUAUGCCAUUAAACCUUCAAAAGGAGGAUAAAGAAAGAGACAAACAUGGCAUAUCAAAUCCUCCAUUGUGGCAGUUGGAUACUGAACUCCAGCCUCUGAGUCCAGAAUAUCCAGCGUACUAUAUUAGAGUGACGGAGGACAAAGUUCAUCAAAGCAGUACCAGAGACCCUGUGAGGAAGAAAAUAUUCAAAUCCAUACUGCAGAAGAGGUUUCAGAUGAUUAAUGAGGGAAUCUCACUGUAUGGAAACUCAAGACUUCUGAAUGAGAUUUACACAGAACUGUGUAUUACAUCAGAAUAUGGGUUUGGACACGUCAAUGAUGAACAUGAGGUCAGACAUUUUGAACAGGCAUACAGGAGACUAAUAACAGAGGAAUCCAUCAAUUGGAAUGACAUAUUUAAACCUUUACCUGGAGAUGAGAAACCCAUCAGAACUGUGCUAACAGAAGGCAUUGCUGGAAUUGGGAAAACAGUGUCUGUGCAGAAGUUUGUUCUGGACUGGGCUGAAGGAAAAGCAAAUCAGGAUUUGGAUUUCAUUUUUCCAUUUAACUUUAGGGAGUUGAAUUUUAAGAAGAAAGAAAAUCUCAGUUUGUUGGAGCUUUUCCAUUGUUUCUUCCCAGAAACCAAAGAACUUAAACUAGACUAUAAUCACAACAGAAUUAUGUUCAUCUUUGAUGGACUGGAUGAGUCUCGUUUUUCUCUCGAUUUCCUAAGCAGCAAAAGGUUGACAGAUCUAACAGAGUCAGCUUCAGUAGACGUACUCUUAACAAACCUUAUUAACAGGAAUCUUCUUCCAUCUGCAUUCCUCUGGAUAACAUCUCGGCCGGCAGCCUCCGGUCAGAUUCCUCCCGUUUAUAUUGACAGAGUAACAGCGGUACGAGGUUUCAAUGACCCUCAGAAAGACGAGUACUUCAGAAAAAGAAUCAGUGAUCAAACCCUGGCUGAUAAAAUCAUCACACACCUGAAGUCAUCACGAAGUCUUUACAUUAUGUGCCACAUGCCAGUCUUCUGUUGGAUUGCAGCGACUGUUCUCGAGGGAAUGUUCAGUGAAGCAGAAACUGGAGAGGUCCCCAAGACCCUGACUCAAAUGUUCACACGUUUCCUGAUCUUACAGAUCAAACGUAGAUCCCUAAAGUACAAAACACCUGAAAUGGAUCCUGGAGAGAUUAAAGACGUUGUACUAAAACUGGGAAAGCUGGCAUUCCAGCAGCUAGAGAAAGGAAACCUGAUCUUCUACGAGGAGGACAUCAUUGAGUGUGGAAUUGAUGUCCAAGAGGCCACGGUGUACUCAGGAGUUUGUACUCAGAUCUUUAUCGAGGAAGUCAUUUCACAUCUGGGGAAGGUGUACAGCUUUGUGCAUCUGAGUGUUCAGGAGCAUCUUGCUGCUGUGUAUGCAUUUCUCUCAUGUAUCAACGGAUAUCUCUCAAAACAACAAACCCCUGGAAUCUUCGGCCUCUCCAGCAAGGCAACACUGUUAGACCUUCUAAAGGCAGCAGUAGACAAGGCCUUACAGAAUAAGAACGGACAUCUGGACCUUUUCCUCCGCUUCCUUAUGGGUCUCUCACUGGAGUCCAAUUCAGUUCUCUUACAAGACCAACUGACCGAGACAGGACGCAGCUCUCUGAGCAAACAUGCUGCUGUCACAAACAGGGAAAUAACCACAUACAUCAAGGAGAAGAUCAAGAAGUAUCCAUCAACAUGCAGAUCCAUCAAUCUGUUCCAUUGUCUGAAUGAACUGAAUGACCAGUCUCUGGUACAGGAAGUUCAAACCUUUUUGAAUAAAACAGCAGAUUAUUGUCUCCAAGGAGUCAGACUUUCUCCAGUUCAGUGGUCAGCUGUGGUUUUCUUCUUGUCGAACUCAGAAAAGGAGCUGGAAGAGUUCAACCUACAGAAAUAUGCAGCAUCAGAUGAGUGUUUGAUGAAACUGCACCAAGUUGUUGCAGUGUCCAGAAAAGCUCUGUUGUGUAAUGGUAAUCUAACAAAGAAAAGUUGUAGAAGUCUGGCAAAAGGUCUCAGCUCAGUCUAUUCAUGUCUGAGAGAAUUGGACCUGAGUGAUAAUAAACUGCAGGAUCCAGGAGUCAAACUGCUUUCUACUGGGUUGAAGAGCCCACACUGUAAACUGGAGAUCCUAAGGUUGCGUAACUGUAACAUUACAGAAGAAGGCUGUGAGGCUCUUACUGAGGCUCUGAGGUCAAAUUCACGGCUGAGAGAGCUCGAUCUGAGAGAUAAUGAUUUAGGAGACCAGGGGGUGAAGCUGCUCUCUGAUAUAAAGGAGGAUGAAAAGUUCACACUGGAGAAGUUGGAGCUCUGAGAUCUUCAGACCUGACCUGGUGUAAGGAGGAAGUCUCGUGGAGAUAACCGCUAACAGAACACACACACACUUUCUUAGAUCCAUCAUCAUUCCUGAAACACCUGCUUUGUAAUGGCCAGCUUUUCUUGGCGGAUGAGAACAAUAGCUACAUUUCCCACCUUUUUAGCUAAUCAAGCAAACUUAGGUGUUACGUGGUGUUUGUUGUUAGCUUCCAGGUCGACAGAAGGUCUUCCGAUUCAUAAAGAAGCUCAGAAAUAUAAUAAAUAUAGUACAGCUGGAAACCUAGCUAGUGAUCGUGUUGGUUGUAGAAGAUUUGUGUGUUUAUUGCUGGUUAGAGAGUUAGAGUCUUAGGUUCAUGAAAUUAAUGGAAAGUGUUAUUAAUGGACUGCUUUUGAUGUUAAAAGCGUGUAGAUUGUUAGUUAGCGAGUGUCACGUUGGAGCUCUUACAGAAAAAAACUCACAAGUGAAAUAAAGUCUGAUGUCAGAACCAGAAGCUUGGCAGAAGACAGAGGUUGGGCAGAUGGCUGAGGGUGGGCAGAAGCUCCUGGUUAGUCAUAUGCCUGAGCUCCUAAUUGAUCAUGGUUGGUCUGAUGCUCGAGUAUGGGCAGGAGUCUGAGGUCGAGCAGAAGCACCUGAUUGGUCAGAUGCUUCAGCAUAGGCAGAAGCCUGAGGAUGGGCCGAAUCUUCUGGUUGGUCAGAUGGCUGAGGUUGGGCAGAAGCUCCUGAUUGGACAGAUGCCUGAGGGUGGGCUGAAGCCUGAAGCUGGGCUAAAAUCCUAUGCCUGGGCAGAAGCUUGAGUUUGGGAAGAAGCCUGAUGUUGGGCAGCUGAUGUUGGGCACCUGAUGUUGGGGCUGCCUAAAGCCCCAUGCUGGUCAGUUCCCAAUAAUGGGUAAAGACUCCACUUCAUGUGUUUAUAUUGUUUUAUGUGGAGAAAAAAAACACAUGAAAUAUGUGAAAUUAGCUCACAUGUUAAACUCUAAUAACAACUUGUUUGUUCUGUAAGUGUUAGCGAUAGUGAAACGUGGGUUUGUUGUUGAAGAUCUUAGUGAUUUUCAAAUCACAUUUGUAAUGAAAGAUCUUGUAGAUGUUAAUUAGUAGAGUCCUGUGUGAUAGGAGAGUCCAUGUGAGGAGACAGGAAGUGCAGAUUGUCGUACACAGAGUAACAGACGGAAACGUGCUGUAGGUAUUGAUGAGUCGAUCAAAGCUCGAACAGCAGGUUUAUGGAAAUGAAAUGCAGUAGCAGGUUAGUGGAUUUAAAAACGAAUAUUCUGAGCUGUCUGAUGGAGUCCUGACGUGUUUCUGGAGACGAAUGAAUUUAAUCUGGAGGAUCCAGAAAGUAAAUAGACCUGAUUUCUUUAGUCCUGCGCAGUAAGUGAUAGAAAAGGUGUAGGAAUAAAAGAGACGAAAUAGUUUCCACCAAAAUAUAAUUCAGAGUUUAAUCUGCUUGCUUUCAGAAUAAGAGUGAACAAUCAGAAAUGGAUCAUUAUUAGAUAUAUAAGCACUAAAAUCUGGUAUAAAAUCAUAAACCAAUAUCAUAUAACUAUAUUACUACAGUUUAUCAUACGCUACUGUAUAUAGCGCACUUAUAAAGCACCUGUGAAGGUGAAUCUCAUCUUUCUCAUUAUUAUACACAUCUAUUAUCUCGUAUCUCAUAUGGGGCGCAUGUGGUAGAGUGGGUUGUCCACUAACCGUAGGGUUGGCGGUUCGAUUCCCGGCCCGGAUGACUCUACAUGCCGAAGUGUCCUUGGGCAAGACACUGAACCCCAAGUUGCUCCCGAUGGCAAGUGAGCGCCUUGCAUGGCAGCUCUGUUACCAUUGUGUAUGUGUGAGUGUGUGUGUGUGUGUGUGAAUGGGUGAAUGACACACAGUGUAAAGCGCUUUGGAUAAAAGCCAUUUACCAUUUAUCUAGAUCUGAUUAAUAUUUACUCAUCUAAUACAUACAUCUACAAUACAUAAGAUAUUACACAGGACAGCAGUCUGUAAGAGUAGACUUAACAUCUCAUAACGAUGUGGACAUUUUCAUAAUCAUUCGUAAGAUAACAUAAGAUAUUGACUAUUCUGUACAGAUAUAUAUUCCUGUGUUGUAUAACCGUACGUUACUCAGUGUGUGAUGUAGUUUGCGUUCUGCCGAUAUAAGAUGUGCAAGUGUGUUUUUAUAUAGCUUACCAGCUUUGGUCUGUGUUUAGCGCCAUGUGUAGGACUUCACACUGUUUUUCCUGCUCUAACACACACUCCUGAACGUCUCUGCUGUGCUCAGUAACACUGCACUGUCCCCCGCUCCUUCAGGAUGAAGUUGGAUGUGCAGUAUGCUGUAAGUAAUAUGUGGGUUUAGAUGAAACGGUUUUAAAACAAGCUCUGAAUUACGCCAUUUCCAAUAUCAGUGCUGUAUGUUAUGUGUGUGUAUAUAUUUUUUACUGAUAUGGAAGCAUGAUAUGAUGUAUCAUUAUGAGUGUACAACCACCACAUUCGUGUGUGUGUGUGUACACCAAUCCUUCUAUUCAUGUGUCUUGUUUCUGGUUGUGACCCUAGCGUAUUAUCUUUUUGGGGGAUUUUUUGUCUCUGACCCACUGCCUGUUCUCUGUUUAGAUUUUUUUUUUGUCUAGUGAUUAGGAUUUGUUUGCUAUUGCCAGCUGUUUUAAAUAAA